ACUUAUGAUAUUAGAAUCAGUUGAACUGGCAACACAAAGAUUGCACCAUUCCAUAAGUCGCAUGCGUUCGGAUAAAUAAUAUUCGGCUUCACAAGUAAAUCAACAGCAUGACAAGAUUUGCACGAUAUGGUCAAAAUAACAAGCGCACUCACGAUGCGACCCAGUGGACAGAAAUGAAGGCUGGAGAAAAAGCCACACAAUCAGCAGGCGAAAAUGAAACAGCUAAAAAUGACAACGAUAAUAGUAAAGCCAAUUCUCCCAAGUCCCCACUCAAGGGUGUGAAGAAUAAUGAAGCUUUUAAAAAGCCAAAACACAAAAAUGUUAAAGGAAAGUUUUCAAAAGGACCUUCAAAACAUUUUUCAGGAAGCAAAAGGAAUCCUAGUGACUUUGAAUGCUACAAUUGUCAUAAAAAAGGUCACAAAGUUUCAGACUGCCCAGAACCAGGAGACGGAAAACAGUUAGAGGUCCAGUGUUAUAAUUGUAAACAGAAAGGACACAAGGCUUUCAAAUGCCCCAAAGCACAACAAAAGGGCCCAAAGAAGCGAAAUUUCAUGAAGUUUGAUAAAAAGAAGAAAGAGGAUUGGAAAGCACAGAGAAGUGAACAUCGUAGGCAGAAAAGACAAGAUGGUGCGCAAGCUAAACUGCACUGUUACAACUGCCGGGAGACCGGACACAAGUUGUCAGAAUGUCCAGAAAUACAAGGAGAUGUAGAGCAGGGCACUGACAUAUGCUUUAAAUGUGGCUCCACGGAACAUACUGUUAAAAGAUGUAACGUUAAACUUCCUCCAGGAGAGUUCCCAUAUGCGAAAUGUUUUAUCUGCGGUGAGACAGGGCAUUUGUCACAGAAGUGUCCAGACAACCCUCGUGGUUUGUACCCAAAUGGAGGCUGCUGUAAGGAAUGUGGUUCUGUUGAACAUCUACAACGAGACUGUCCAGAAUUUCAAAAACAACAAGGUAUUGGAAGCGUAACUCUGGAAAGACUUGAAGAUGGCACAAGUGCAGAUCAAGAGGAAGUUGACAAAGAAAAGAUGACAAAGAAAAUUAAGUCUAAAGGAGCAAAAGUGGUCAAAUUUUAGUUUGCUGACAUUUUUGUUAAGAUCUAUAUAUAAAUAAAUAAAUAAAUAAUAAAAACCAA